UGCUAAUAAGGGGGCGGUCUCUAGAAGAUUCCAGGGCUCGAGCCUCUGUCCAAACCCCUUACAUCUUAGGGAAACGGGGAUGGCACCCUCUUUUUACCACUACUUGCCAGUGCCCAUGGAUGAUCAAAUGAAGGAGGGCACCCCUCGAAGGUGCUGGCUGUGGUUGUUGGUGGGAUUCGUCAUGGCGGGCCUGAUAAUCGCUCUGUCCAUUUUCAUGGUCAAAUAUUACAGUGAAGCCUGCCAGAAUGGUCUCGAGCUGGAGAGGCAGUGCCACAAUGUCACCCAGCUCCUGAAGAAGCAGCUGAUCCAAGCCAAGGAGGAGAGUCUGGCGGCCGAGACCCGAGCUGACACCUGUAACCAGACUGUGGUGAAACUGAAGGCCCAGGAGCUGCAGCUACAGGCGCGAGUGCAGGAACUUGAGAGAAAUGUCACCGAAUUGAACCAAAGGCUGCAGGAGACUUUGAAAAAACUGGAGCGACCAAGAACGGAGAACACCCAGACCAUCCCGGCCAGCUCCCAGGCCACCAUCGUUCUGCAGCUGUCCAUGUGGCUCCUGCUCCUGAGCCUCGCCAUUCCGCUGCUCUGAGGCCCCAGGAGGCCAGAGGCCCCAAUCUGAACUGGUCCGGCUGCACCUCUGCUUUUCCCAGCGACUGUCCCUUGACCCAGCUGGUUACUGAGGGGAGAGGGGACGAGUAAAAGUGAAGGGGCCAUGGGGCAGCUGUGGAGGGGCCGUGGGGCAAUGGGGGAGGGGAGGCCAAGCAGCUGGGUGGGAGCGGGGCUGCUUCCUUGGAAGCCACCCUACUUGGGCCGGGGAUGGUGGAAGGGUGGGGACGCUGCCUCUUGCUGUAUUAGGGGUGGGUGUUGCUUUCCUCUGGGGGUCUUUGAGCUCCAAAAAAUAAACAUCUCUUUUGGGA